GUUUUACUGUACGUAUAGCUUUGUUCGGGUCAAACAGUGGAAUUCUGUGAGAACUGUUCUCUUUUUCUCUCAAGGGGAGAAUUUGCAUCACAUCUUCGCACUGGUGUGAUUUUUGAUAAGAGCAGACAUUUUUACAUAUGUCAAGUUGGAUUUAGGCUGGACUCUUAAGGUGGGGCUGAGCAUCUUUCAAGGGAGAUAAAACAAAGCUUUUAAUUGAUGGUUACUCUUUAAUAAUAAGAACACACAUGUUGGGCCCUUAACAUGCAGUUUUCCCCAUGCAGUAGCUUUUAAAAACAUAUAUUCUAUGAUUAUCAGACUUAUGUUCAGAUUCAAGACUCAACCCAUGUUUUUAAAGGAUACACAAUUAUCUUAAAUAGACCCUUUUAUGCUUCUUGGGGUUUUCCUUUUCCUGGGGUGUGUUAUACUGUAUAUAAAUGUGCAUAAAAGGGCCCCUUUAAAGACCUCAUGACACGUGGAAAAUAAAGUAAUAUACAUACACACAUUGAAAGUACACAUACAAAAUAGUCACUUGAAGUUGGUUUUAAUCAUUAUGAUAGAGAAAUUGAGUUUGUACGGCCUUUUAAAAGUGCGAUUUUUGCGAUCUGCUACCGACCUUCCUAUUAGUCAGUCACAUGACCUAUGACGUACACUCCGGAACGGCUCCUUGGUCAAGACACUAUCCCACCUGUCACUCACGACUAUCCUGACACCUGUCAACAACAUGGAUUCUGACAACUCCGAUUCAUCCUCGGAUCCUGACACAUUUUUCGAAGUGGCAGAGUCCGACCCAAUGCUGGAGGACAAUGUGAGGGGCGUUAUGCCCUAUAGAUACGAGCCAUACUUGGAUGAGUUGGAGCCACAGGGUUCUACGGAAAGUUCGGAUGGCGAGGCAGAAGGCGCUGUUGGUGGUGCUGCUGUGGCAGACGGUCGGAUGCCUAUGGAUUUUGGCAGACUACAGCACGUGGAAUGGUGUUCUUGUGGGAGAUGUGAGCCAAUGCCACUGGUAGUGGAGUCGGUGUGCUGCCGCGAACAGUCAAGAGUGUGCGAGAGGAGAGAGGAGGAGGGAGCAGACACCCGCUGCAUCACAGAACAUUCUGGCUUUGAGCCAGUUUGUCUGAAUCUGCAUGUUCUGCGCACCGCACAUUUCCACUAUCGGCAAGAAUACGGGGAUGUAGAGGGAAACGAGUGGAAGAGGUACACUGGAUACAGACAGUUUGUGCGAUGGUGCUACGAGUACCUGGGAAGACAUGUCAGGGUCCCCAUACCUUCCUGUGUGGUGUGGUGUAUCCGGAGAACUUUUCCCUCCAUUGAUUACAGGGGGUUCCAGGACACCAACAGCCCGUGAUGAUACAUGUAUGCUGUUAACUUGUUAAUUUUGUUUUUUUAGUUUAAAUACAUGAGUUUGUAAAUACAUGAAAAUGAAUGUCAAUACAUGAUACCUCUGGCUUCACAUGAAUGUGUCUUCAUUUUUACAACUUACAACAGCUUACAACAAAUAGGCCUAGCAAAUCAAUUUACACCUUCACCAUGGAAGGGUAGCUGAUAUUUUUGAUCAUACGGUGUCUAAGAUGUGCUGUACUUCAGGGACAAUGCAAUACAAGCCCACAUGGAUAAGGGGGAAAACUGUAGCAACACAGACAUACUACACACCCUGUAAUGACACUUUUCAGAACACCAAGGUGAGGAUGGAGCAGGAGGUUCCCAACACAGUAAAUCAAAGCACUCACGGCAAAGAUGAAAUUAAGUUUGUGUUUAUUCCAUUCAGUCCGGUUCUCAUGUGUACAUUUAGGUGUUAUUUGUAAUGCUAAAGCGGGUCAUAUGUGCAUUGACUGCUGCCCUCUUAUCCGGCUUUUCGAAUGAUGCAUUGAGUGGCUCUGUAACAGGGGACGGGUCUGGGAUGUCAAAGUCAUCACCGUUGUAGUCCUCACCUCGACACAUGGCCUCCACCAUCCGCAUCAGCUCUUCAGCAUAGCC